AUGGAAACUCCCCGAGAACCUCAUUUCUUCAAGCCUCUUCUUCCUGGUUUUCAAAGUGGCGUGGCAAUACCACUUGACUUCUACUCAAAACACAUACAAGGGGCUGAGAUCAAUAAACCAUGGAAGCUAAGAUCGGACGCUUCGGAUCAAAUUUGGGAGGUGAUCCGAGAAGGCAGGACACUCACCAAAGGUUGGAAAGAGUUCACCGAAGCACAUGAUCUUCGAAUCGGUGAUAUUGUCAUCUUCAAACUCGAAGGAGACAUGGUCUUUCAUGUGACUCCUUUUGGUCCUAGCUGUUGUGAGAUUCAGUAUACACAUCCUCACAUCGUUAAGGAAGAAGCCGACGCGGAUGAUGCUCCUACUUUCUCAUACGACUACUGCUUCUUGGCUGAGGUUACUGCUACAAAUCAAAAGGACGACAAAAUGUUUCUUUAUGUGGAAGCUAUGUGGUGUGGUGCUUUGAACCAACAAUGCAAAGAGGUCAAACUUGUCAACAAGGAGGGAAAAUCAUGGACUGCGCGCUUCGGAUUUAGCGAAUCAGACGGCGCAUAUUACAUCAGCAGAGGGUGGAGAAAGUUCUGUCGUGAUAACAGAUGCACCAACGGAGCUUUGUUUGUGUUCAACGUGGUUGGAGACGGGACGACAACUCCAUUACUGUGUGUAUGUCCGGAAAGGAAGGAGUGUACUGAACUACUGAUCAACCACUUCAGCAGAAUCGAUGGUAGCAUUGCUUCUACCUCACGAAAUUAG